UUUAUUCACAUUGAAACUCUCUCUCUUAAAACAUAUUAACGUUAACGAACAAAGCUGUUCUGACCUCUCGACUCUCGACUUUUCGACUUUCGACUUUUGCUUCACUCUGGUGAUCACGAGGUGGUACUGUGGUGGUCGCGCGGUGGUCGCACGGUGGUCGUGAGGUGGUGGUGCGGUGGUCACGAGGUGGUGGUGCGGUGGUCGCCCGGUGGUGGUUGCGUUUCGUCUCGUGAACGCCUCUGUUUGUCUUUCUGUUCGUGUGUGCGGUGGUUCUGUGGUGGUUGCGCAAUGAUUCUGUGGUGGUCGCGUGGUGGUUGCGUGGUGGUUCUGACGUUUCUCCUUGUGACGUUUCUGGACAGGGAGGUUGUUUUCACAUUUCUGUGUAGGGGAUUUAUUUGCAUGAGUAAGUCAAAAAGGGAGGUCGACAUUACAUGGAAUUACUGUGACAGUGUUCCACCAAAUAGGCUACAGGUUAAAUGCAAGUUUUGUUCUCACACUUGUUGGGGUGGUAUAGCAAGAAUGAAACAACACCUUGCUAGAACAAAAGAAGAUGUCAUUCUGUGUUGUAGUGUCCCUGACGAUGUGAACGAAAUAUUUGUGAAGAUGCUAAAAGGAAAAGAAAAAAAGACAAAGGAUGGCAGCUUUGAUUGUGGAGGAGAAUUAGCAAGAGAAGUGACAAAGGGAAAAAAUGAUCUUCAACAAAUGACAAUCAAUGCAUCAUAUAAAAAUAGAGAAGAUGUAAUUAGAGAAAUUUGCAGCUGUAUUUAUGGCAAUGCAUUGCCAUUUAACCUUGUAAGGAGCCCUCUUUUUAUACAAAUGCUGAAGGCUGUUAGAGAGUAUGGCAAAGGAUUAAAACCUCCUUCUUAUCAUGAGGUAAGAGUUUCAUAUUUGAAAAAAGCUGUGGAUAAUGUUCAACAAUGUCUACAAAAGUAUAAAACUGAUUGGGAAAAAUGGGGAUGUACAUUGAUGUGUGAUGGAUGGACGGAUGGUAAAGGAAGAUCAUUGACUAAUUUUCUUGUUAACAGUCCAAGUGGGACUGUUUUUUUGAAAUCUAUUGAUACUAGUGAUGUCAUUAAAGAUGGGAAGAAAAUGCUUGAGUUGUUGGACAACAUGGUGGAGGAAAUUGGAGAGGAGCAUGUUGUCCAAGUAGUUAAUGAUGGAGCUUCUAAUCUUGUGGCAGCUGGAAGAAUGCUAAUGGAAAAGAGAACCAAAUUAUUUUGGUCCCCAUGUGCAAAACACUGCCUUGAUUUUGUUCUUGAAGAUAUUGGAGAGCUUCCAGUAUUUUACAAUACUAUUAGCAAUGCAAAGAAAAUCACCACUUACAUAUAUAGGCAUACAUGGGUUCUUAAUUUGUAUAGAAGCUACUCUAAUGGAAGAGAAUUAGCAAGACCAACUGUCACAUGAUUUGCUACUUCUUAUCUCACAUUAAAUUGUAUUAAGUAACAAAACAAUGCUCUUAGAUCAAUGUUUGCUUCAGAGGAAUGGGCUACUAGUCCACAUGCUAAUAAAAGUGAGGGUAAGCAAGUUAUGAAUUUGGUGUUGAGUGAUGGUAGAUUUUGGAGAUCAAUCACCUAUUGCUUAAAAUGUGUGAUUCCACUCGUAAAAGUGUUGAGGCUUGUAGAUGGUGAUGCAAAACUAGCCAUGCCAUACAUUUAUGAAGCAAUGGAUAGAGCAAAGGAGCAAAUUGCUGAAAAUUUCCAAAAGAUAGAAACGAGGUACAAAAAAGUGUGGAAGAUUAUUAACACUAGUUGGAAUUUGCAACUACAUAGGCCUCUCCAUGCAGCAGCCUAUUAUCUAAAUCCUAGAUAUCACUAUGACAAAAAUUUCAAUUCGGAUAGGGAGGUCUUGAUUGGUUUAUAUGAAACAUUUGAAAGAAUGGUUUUGGAUGUUAGCACAAGAGUUACAAUUGAUCAACGACUUGAAAAGUUCAAGGGAGCUAAAGGGCUUUUUGGAAUGUACAUGGCAAUAGCUUCUAGAAACAAGAAACAACCUGCUCUUUGGUAGGAAAGUUAUGGAGGAGAAAGUAAAGAGCUACAAAAGAUAGCCAUGAAAAUCUUGAGUCUCACAUGUAGUGCAACAGGGUGUGAAAGGAAUUGGAGCACCUUUGACCAAGUCCAUACUAAGAGAAGAAAUAGAUUGGAGCAACAAAGACUAAAUGCUCUUCUCCAACUUGAGUUGAGACAAAAGAGUAGAGAAGAGAAGGGGGAAACUUAUGAUCUCAUAUGUUUGUCAGAUAUUGAAUCAGAUGAUGAAUGGAUUACAGAAAAAGAAAAUCCUUGUUUGCCUAUUGAUUUCUCAUGGAUGGAUAUACAUGAUUGCUUUGAUGAUGAAGAGGGAGCUCCAAACAAAAAAAGGAAGAGAGGGCCAAGAAACUUAAAUGCCAAGACCAAUAAAAAAGGAAAAUCCAUAGUAGGAGAUGAGGAGGAAUUUGAAGACAUUAAUGAAGGGGAAGAACUUUCACUAGAAGAUGAAGAUCACUUAAGUGAUGUAGAUCUUGGAGAUGAUGAUGAUGAAAUAUGAAUGAUUUAGACUAGAUUGUUUUUUUGAGGUUCUUUUGGAUACAAGCAACAAAAACACUUAUUUUUUGGAUGGGUAUAAUGCAAUACUUGUUUAGUAGCAUAUAGCCAUAGUUAAAGGAAUCUUAGGCAGCAACCAUAAUGUCAUUUGAAGGCUGUGUUGCUGAAAUUGUGAAUCUAUGUGGUAAAAUAUACAUAGAUACAACUACUUUAUUUGACUAUGAGGUUGUUUUGUUAUUAAUUGUCUCUUUGCAUAUUUAUAUAUCCU